AAAAUACAGUACUAGGGACAGAUGAAACGGCAGCACUUUAUUGGAAGAACUACCACCUGCAAGGCUGCAACUGGGUUUAGCUGGGGUUUAGACUGCUCAGAGUAAAUUACAGACUGAAAGAAGUUUAUCUCCUUUUUGCGAAAAUUAAGAAAAGGGGAACAAGAAGAACACUGUCCGGUACCGUGCUUCCGGUUCCGCCAUCCCGAUAGGCUGAUCGGACUGAACACUGUUAGGUUUCCGGCUAACAAACAAGUGAAAGAGAUGAGCAGUUUAUUGGGUUUGGAAGCUUCGCUCUUCACAACUUUCUUUUCAUUCAGCUCAGAAUUGCCAUUUAGUUCUUCCAAAAUUCCCGCCGUAUCGUCUUCCGUUUUCAUCCCACAAUUGGAGCUUUCCUCCACCUCUAAGUCCAGACAGUUCAACCCAACAAGCACCUCCACGACAAGGCUGCUGGUUAGUAGUUCAUCCGUUGAAACAGUAGUAGAGGAAGAGAUUGCAGAUGGGGUUACAAUGACCCAAUUUUGCGAUAAGAUAAUUGACUUGUUCUUGAAUGAGAAACCCAAGUCAAAGGAUUGGAAAAAGUACUUGGUGUUUAGAGAUGAGUGGAAGAAAUACCGUGAUAAAUUCUAUAGUCGGUGUUUGACAAGAGCUGAUUCUGAAAAUGAUUCGCAAAUGAAGCAAAAGCUGACUAGUUUGGCUAGAAAAGUGAAGAAGAUUGAUGAAGAAAUGGAGAAGCAUACUCAACUGCUUAAAGAAAUUCAAGACAGCCCCACGGACUUAAAUGCCAUUGUUUCCAAGAGGCGAAAAGAUUUCACUGGGGAAUUUUUCCGUCAUCUUACCCUGCUUUCUGAAACACUUGAUGGCUUGGAGGACCGUGAUGCGAUGGCUCGACUUGGGGCUAGAUGUUUGACUGCCGUCAGUGCUUUUGAUAACACACUGGAGAUUGUGGAGACAUUAGAUUCCGCACAAGCAAAAUUUGAUGAUAUAUUGAACUCAGCUUCAGUAGAUGCUGCAUGCGAAAAGAUUAAAAGCCUUGCCAAGUCAAAACAACUAGACUCUUCUCUGAUCCUAUUGAUAAAUAGCGCUUGGGCUUCUGCAAAAGAGUCCACUACAAUGAAGGAUGAGGUAAAGGAUAUAAUGUAUCGCCUCUACAAAGCCACACAGAGUAGUAUGAGGAGUAUUGUUCCAAAAGAAAUAAAGCUACUCAAGUAUUUGUUAAAUAUCGUAGAUCCUGAGGAAAGAUUCUCAGCAUUAGCAACAUGUUUCUCCCCAGGAGGUGAACAAGAUGUGAAGGACCCAAAGGCUGUAUACACUACUCCUGAUGAGCUACACAAGUGGAUUAAAAUCAUGCUUGACGCGUACAAUCUCAGUAAGGAAGAAACAGAUAUCAGGGAAGCCAAUCAGAUGAGUUCGCCUGUUGUCAUCCAGAGGCUUCAAAUCCUGAAAGAAACCAUUGAGAAUGAUUACAUGGAAAAAGGUAAGAAAGAAGGAGACAGCAGCAAGCCAGAGGAGUCGGAGUUAUAAGAAAGGUGCGGCUCGAGUAAAUUCAUCCACAAGCUAAAAGUUUCUAGAAACCGGUAGUCUUUGUGCAGGAUUUAAAAUCUGCAGAUUAGGAGGCCACACAAGCUGAUUUAGUGUUGAAGCUAUUGUUAUGUAUAUCACGACGACGAUGUAUCCAUCGUAAUGCUGGUAAUCUGUAUAUUCAUGAACUAUUGGACUGUGUUGGAAAGUGAGUAAUAAUGUUAGAGAUCCAAGAAAAAGCUAUCACAAAAAAAAUCCAUGGAAAGGAGAAGCUAUGGCGGUUUUACCUUUCACAGAAUGUGCAGUAUUGUUUUAUUACUAGCUGUUGAUGGUGUUAAAUCACUUUUCCAGAAUGUGCAGUAUUUUGGUUAGACUUAUCUUAACCAAAAUGUUCAUCAUUUAUCGUCUUUUUUUUUUUUUCCCUAUAGCUCAACCGAAAUCUUCUCAUCCCUUUUUUCUGGCAGACGGUUAAGUAGUUCCUGUCAGUUUCCGAUUUCAUAUAUCAUUCCCAUAUAUGUACGAACAAGAUUCCUUAUUCAUCUUGACAAAUACGAUGCAAUGAAAAGAACAAAUGCGCAAAGGAAAAAUGAAGCAGAAGUAACCCCA